AUGGCUGUCAUGACUCCCGUGUGGAGUGUUAUUAUACAUGUUGCCAUCACGUCCGUCUGCGAUUUUAUUAUUCGAAGCAUGUUCGCUCGCCGUGCCUUCCGGUUGAGCGGGAACUGGCCACUUACAAUUUUCAUCGUCGCAGUUUCUUUGACCGAUCUAAUCUGCGGACUUGUGAUCACCGUGAAGGCCUUCAAAAUUUCGUCGUUCAUCCAGUUGGAUACUCUCUCAACACUGUUCUACAUCAACUUUGCUGCAGGGACUAUAUCCGAUGGUAGUGUCGCGAUCGCGCUUUGCUACUACCUAUACAAAUCUCGGACCGGAUUCACUAGGACUGACUCUCUCAUCCGCGUGCUGAUGUUGUACAUUGUGAACACUGGCUUGAUCGUUUUCCUCGAUGCUACCCUCGGGAUGAUUACAUAUAUUGCGAUGCCAGACAACUUCGUCUUCCUCGGAUUUUACCUGUUACUCAGCAAAUUGUAUCUGAAUUCAUACUUGGCAUCCCUGAACGCCCGCGAAGGCCUGAGAGACAAGGUUGACGAGACCCCAGUGUCAAUUCACUUGUCGAGGAUCACGAACCAAUCGAAUCGCUACGACGUUGAACGGUCGAUAGUAGCCAGUGAGAAGCGAUUAUCCAACGAUCGUGUCGCUAUCUCCGUAGAGACGAUGGUUGACCGAAAAGUCGACGGCGACUCCUCGUCCUAUUAA